UGCUUGACAUGAAAGGAGAAAACAACAAAAACAGCGAAAUUACGCAAAUCGUGAGGGGGAGCUGAUACUCUCUGACAUCCCACCGGAGACAGAUCCGAUCGUCGGGCACCUCUGCGCCGUCGGUUUCGCCGGCAAUCGAUUCAACUGUCAGGCCUCCUGAUUUCGUAUCCUUCACCUCCAUCUUCUCCGUUUGUUGGUUUUGGAUUAUCUGGAGCAGGAAGAGAAUGAGGACAGCUAUGGUGGUGGCUUUGAUGUUGCUGGCAGCUCUGGUUCCUUUUGGUUCGGCCUCGCCGUCGACAGUUCCAGCAUUCCUUUGGUCGCCUCACUAUAACAAGAUUUCAGAUGGAGUCGCAGAAUCUGUGGACUAUCAGACCAUAUCACCCACGGAUCUAGCAAAGGCUGUACUAUCUCAAGGAGGCUGGUCAGACUUUCUGUGCUCGGCAAAGAGACAUCAGCAGCAUGCAGAUCUGGCUCUUGUUUUUGUUGGUGGAGAGCUGCAAUCUUCGGAUAUUUCCAGCAAUAGACACGCAGAUCCUGCCUUUGUAAACUUACUUAAGGAUUCAUACACAAAGUCUAAUUUUUCAAUGGCAUUCCCUUAUAUUGCUGCAUCGUCUGAGGAGGCAAUGGAAAAUCUACUGGUUUCUGGGUUCAAAGAAAGCUGUGGCCAUGAUUUAGACAUCACUAAAGUUGCUUUUCUAGGUUCAUGCUCUGUGCAGGCAGAUGAUUCUCAGAAAAUCGCGGACCUGCAAUCCGUCCAUGAUUAUCUGGUCUCAAGGAGGGAAAGGAGACUUGAAGGGAAGGCAGAUCUGAUCAUGAUUUGCCAUGGCGAAUCCGCUGCUUCAGAUGAAUUUGAUACACCUGGUUCAGAAAGAGAAAUCUUCUCGGGACUUAUGAGCUCCUUGGAGCAGCUGAAGGAAAAGUAUUCUGUCCUAUAUGUUUCAGAUCCUUCUAGGUCGAUCCAAUAUCCUUCAAUGAGGGAGUUGGAGAGGUUCCUCGCUGAAAGUUCUAAUGCAUCAAGCAACGGAACAUGCGAUAGUGUUUGUCAGGUUAAAUCAUCGCUUUUGGAAGGACUUCUAGUUGGCAUCGUUCUGCUCAUAAUCUUGAUAAGUGGCCUCUGCUGCAUGUCUGGCAUUCAAACUCCAACGCGGUUCGAGGCACCUCAGGAAUCUUAAUUCGGUGAUUCUAUCACACUCGAUCCUUCGGAGGGGUACAUGAUGUCGGCGUUGGUAUUGCCUUGAAAAGCUUCCAGCUUGUUCUGUAGUUAUACUAGAGAGAGAGAGAAGAGAGAGACAAACGCUACCUAGUCUUACAUUAAUUUGCUUCUGUAUUCUUAUCCUGAAGGAGCACAGUAUUCGUUGCUCGUGUUGAUCAGUGUCUCGUCCAACCUCCCAUACGGAAGUUCUUUAAGAUUCACUGCUCCUAUUGGUCAUAUGAAUAAUCUAUCCAAGUAAGUUCUCCAAGUUGCAUUGUGCUUUUUUGUUUGACUGGAA